AUGGAUAAAAGGCUAGCUGAUGAUUUUGUAUAUCAGCAAUUGGCGAAUGCUACUUUAUUAUUCGGAGUAACUCUCAUGGGUGGAAUGGCGUACGUUAUUGGGUCAGGACAACAGAGGCGCUCUUUUCAAGACACUAAACGUAGUUUACGUGAUAAACUUACUAUUGAACAACAGAGUAAAGAGCAGGAACGACUGUUAUUAUCGGUGCUGCCAGAACACGUCGCUGUCCAAAUGCGACAAGAUUUGGGACUGAUUGACACACAAUUUAAAAAAAUAUAUAUGUCCCGACAUGAGAACGUUAGCAUCCUGUACGCCGACAUCGUAGGCUUCACAGCAAUUUCCUCCACCUAUUCGGCCCAAGACCUAGUUGCAAUUUUAAACGAGUUGUUUGCACGUUUCGAUCGUCUCGCUGAGAAAUACAACCAGCUACGAAUCAAAAUCCUGGGUGAUUGUUAUUAUUGCAUUAGUGGUGCACCAGUGGAGCGGUCGGACCACGCAGUUCUUUGUGUUCACAUGGGAUUAUCGAUGGUCAAAGCGAUCAAAUACGUACAACAAACAACUAACUCACCUGUCGACAUGCGGGUGGGCAUCCAUACGGGGGCAGUUCUCGCUGGUGUCUUGGGUCAGAGGCAAUGGCAGUUCGACGUGUACUCACGCGACGUUGAGCUUGCAAAUAAGAUGGAGAGCAGCGGGAUGGCAGGGCGUGUGCACGUAUCAGAGGUAACUUUAAGCUUUCUCAACGAUGAGUUCGAAGUCGAACCUGCAUAUGGAGAGCGACGCGAAGAGAUGUUACGUCAGGCUGGCAUCAAAACCUAUUUUAUAGUUCGAGUCCUUAAACCGUACCAGGGAGGCAGCAGCACAGGUGGUGGUAAUGUGACUGAAGAAAAAAAUGUAUCAGAAGGCGAACCUCUUGACGCUGAUGGUGGUGAUGCUGCCGAAACGCUCUCAGAACUCCGAGAUGAAGACGAGGACUCUGUACUAUCGCCGCAAGAUGAGAGCAAAGAAAAUGAAGAUGCAAAAAUUCUUGCCAUGCUAGAGGAAGAACUCGUCAACAGAGAUGAUGAUAUGGAGCUGGCGGGCGCUACGAAUUUGUGCCUGACCUUCAAGUCCAACGAGGUGGAGGCGGCAUUCGCUAAGCGAACUGACGGGUGCCCCUUAUCAGCUGUAGCACCACCGUUCAUGUUGCUGCCAGCGGUGGCAAUCAUUGCCACCUUUGCGGCGCCAGUUACUUGGCCACUGCACGCGGUCUACCUCGCCUUAGAGCUCGAAACCUGCCUCAUUAACGUAUUGUUCUACGCCUGCUUUAAAUACGCUCAACAUAAGAAACAAAGAUUAAGCCCCUUCUGGAUACAAACGUGUAGCAUUUUCAAUGUAUCGAUGUUCGUCGCAGCAAACGUUGCUACCAUGGUGAUCUGCGGGGAUUUCGACACAGUGUUGGCCGAAGACAGCUUGAGAGAGGACGCACCCGCGCGUAGUGGAGCGCGUCGAUGCAUGCACCCAUCCUACUAUUUUCAUGUGGCCGCGGGCGCGGCUUGCUGCGUUCUGUGGCCUGAUGCGAUGGGCGGUGCGGCGAGGGCGGCGUACCUCUUCGCGCUGGCGGUCGCCCAUACAGUGCCCGCUGUUUACGCCCCGGCCCUGUUAGCCCUACGAGACCACUCACGCGACCCUUACGGCCCCCUGGUACCGAACGUGAACGGAACAAUCUACAACAACCAACUCAUCACCGCGCUAACACAUAUCCAUGCCGGAAGGAACAUCGUGAUGUUAUUCAUCAUAGUCAUCGCACUUCUGGUGUAUAAUCGAUACAGCGAGUCAUUGGAGCGGGCGCGGCACUCGCGCGGCGAGCGCAUGCGCGUGCAGGCCGAGCAGGCGAAGGACUUGCGCCGCAGGAACCAGGCGCUCGUGCACAACGUGCUGCCGCCGCACGUCGCCAGCCACUUCAUGGGCGCGCGCCAUCACCACCGGGACCUCUACAGCCAGAGCUACGCCGAGGUCGGCGUGCUGUUCGCCUCCAUGCCCAACUUCUCGGAGUUCUACUCUGAAGAGACCGUAAAUAAUCAAGGCCUGGAAUGUCUGCGAUUCUUGAACGAAGUUAUCUCCGAUUUUGAUCUGGAGGACCCCAAAUUUAGUAAGGAUAUAAUUAAGAUCAAAACAAUAAGUUCGACGUACAUGGCUGCAUCGGGCCUAAAUCCGACACGACAGAUGCAGCCGUCGGACGGCGUUCUGGUGCGUUGGGCGCACCUCGCGUGCCUCGUGGAGUUCGCGAUGGAAUUGCAGCGCGUGCUCGCCGCGAUCAACGAGCAGUCGUUCAACCACUUCGUGCUGCGGCUCGGCGUCAACCACGGGCCCAUUACCGCCGGCGUCAUCGGCGCCCGCAAGCCCCACUACGACAUAUGGGGCAACACUGUCAACGUCGCCUCGCGCAUGGAGAGCACCGGCAAAGCUGGGUGCAUACAAGUGACGGAGGAAACAAGUCAGAUUCUCAAAUGCUUUGGCUACUAUUUCGAGCAGCGUGGUUUAGUGGCCGUCAAGGGCAAGGGUCAGCUCAUGACCUAUUACUUGCAAGGCAAACGCGACCAUCCCAACGGGGAAACCGAAGUAUCUAAUAUGGAGGAAGCUCUCUGCGAGGCGGAGGUCACUGACGCGUUGCUUGCAAACGGCGACGCCGCCAUCUCGCAUCCCCUGCAACUGCAAUCGGCCGUCGACGUGAACCAACAUCUGCUGACUAAAACCACAAUAGAA